GUCAGAUCUUCAUCCUAUGGCUUCCCCCUUUGCGUCAGUGUAACGCGGAAUAAAAAGGAAGCCCCUCCUUCCACGCCAAAUAGCCCUAUAAAAGAGCCUUCACAUUCACUCUGACCACAAACACUUUACUCGUCUUGAAAGAGCUGAAACUAGAGACGAAACAUCAUGACUCCCAACUUCAUCACAGAUGCUCAGUCUCAUUCAUUCUCCUCUCGAAUGACUGUAGCUCAGAAAAAAGAGGCACAUGAAUUAAGAAAGACUCUCAAGCCACUGAUGGAGAAGAGAAGACGUGCUCGAAUAAACGAGAGUCUCAAUCACCUAAAAACACUCAUACUGCCACUGGUCGGCAAAAAUGCUUCACGCUAUUCAAAGCUAGAGAAAGCUGAUAUUCUGGAAAUGACAGUGCGCUUCCUUAGAGAUUUGCCUUCGUCAUUCAAUAAAGGUCAAACAGACAGUUAUAAAGAGGGUUACAAAGCCUGUUUCCAGCGCGUCUCUGCGCUGCCGCCGCAAUCCGGCCUGGACGCAGAAACCCGUCAGCGCGUCACUGAAUUCAUCCAGCACUCGAUGGUGCCUGUGACAUCAACCUGCCAUAACUGCUGUGCUCAUAACUCCAGGACGAUCUCACAGAUGCACCAGAAACUCUUGAGCUUGAGAAACAACAGCGGUAGCGCAUCAGCAUCCAGUCAACUCCAGCCUGCGCCACUGGCACCUGUGGACAUGUGGAGACCCUGGUGACCAAACACGCACCAGGAAAACCUUCAGGGAAAACAACUGUAAAUUAUUUAUGUGUCGUAGUAAGUGUUAGAUUUUCAAAUGUAAAGCCUGUAAGUGAGAUUACAUAUAAGAAUAUUAAGAUGUUUUGCAAAUGCGGCAACUUUGUAAUUCAAAGUUAGCCAAUGAGCACAGAUCACGAAGAUGCUGUAUUUUGUGAUAUUUAUUUCAUGCAAUCCUCAUCGGGGUUAAAGGAUUAUGGGUUGUAAACAACACAAUUGUAAACCCCAAGGGUUAAAAUGUAUUUGAGGUUUGCACAAUUGACUUUAUUACAUUUGGUCUGUGCAAAGAAGUUGUAAACACUAUGUGUUAAUGAUUAAUGGCAAAUGAAUGUCCCUGAAGGAAAUCUGAUCACAACAAUGUAACUGUGAAGCAACAAAAACAAUAAAGCCAUUUUGCUUUUAAA